AUGAAAACCAAGCCAACGAAUUCGCGUUCAUCAAACUCUUCUUCAACUGCAUCAUUAGUCUAUACAAAUAAAGUUUCAGUGCGCUCAUCACUGGAAAAUAAUGACUGUUACGCUAUUGAUUUAAGUCUAAAUAGUACGGGAAAUCAUAUUGCUGUACUAACUAUUCCGAGUACAAUUCAAUUGUUUGAUGCAACAACAUUAAAACAGUUGUCAUCUCUUUCGUCAACUUCAAACAACUUCGAUAGUGCAGAUUCAACAUCGUCAAUUACUAUUAGUGCUAUCCAAUAUGCUUAUGUUUCACCCCAUACUCUAUUAGCUUCGACAAAUCAAAAUUUAGUUCUCCUGUGGGAUACGAGAACACCACAACAAGAAACAGUUCGCUUGAACGGAUGUGCGGAUGAACACAAUUUUCUUUCUGUUACAUCUAAUAGCGAAGAUCUAUUAGUCGCUGCUGGUACUGAACUGAAAGGUGAAGAAAAUGUCGCAAUUGCAUUUUGGGAUUUACGUGCACCGAUCAAUGGACAAUUGUUAGGGUAUUACACAGAAUCUCAUUCGGAUGAUAUCAUUCAUGUUGAAUUUGACCGAACGAAUUCGAAAAAGUUAGUCAGUGGAUCAACCGAUGGUCUUGUCUGCCUGUACGAUGUUGGCAAAUCGACGGAAGAAGAUGCACUUGAACAGGUUUACAAUGCUAACGGACCUGUCGCUAAGUGUGGUUUUGCUCAGUACAACACUGUUUAUGGUAUCACUGGAUCGAAUGCUUUUUAUGUAUGGUCAACAUCCGAUGACGAACAACAACAACAAACUCUUGUUCAGGGAGACACCGAUAGUGAUAUUCUUUCGAAAGAGAUUUCUUUGGAAAAGUCAUCAAAAAUGAUUCAUCAUCUUCCAUCAACACAUUCAACAAUUGUUGACUUACUCACUGACAGUAGAAUCAAUAGUCUACUACCAUCUGCUUUUCAUGAAACGAAGUCCAGUUGGCCAUUGUUAAUGUGUGAUCAUAUGGGUAAAAUGAAUAUUACAUUAGUAUCAUCCGAACAAUCUGAACCAAUCAUAUUAUCUCUUCACUCACCUCAUUCGGAAACAAUCCGAGCAGCAGCGACAUAUCAGUCAUCGCUAUAUUCUUGCAGCGACGAUGGACAGCUAGUUCGCUGGCAGUCAUCUUCUGCAAUAGAUGGUCACGAUGACAAUGAAAAACAAGCACCAUCAAGGAAGAAAUCAAACAAUCGAAAGCCUUACUAA